ACCCGCCCCUUUACAAUAACCCCCAACCUACAAAAUGACUAAUGCUCUGACUGUUAAAGCAGUGCCCUUGUAACGUCUGAAUCUGCGUUCACUGGUGAAAUACAGUGUGUUAAAUUUAUCUCAAUUCGACGUUGAGGUUUAUUUUCUCUGCUGCUUGGUCUGUGUUAAGGUUAGCUCUCGUGUUAAAUUGCUACGACGAGACUGACGUGACAUUUACGUUAAUUCAUUCAUACACAACAACAAUGGCAGCACAGGAUUUUAAUUUCUUGCUUGCGACGGAUUCUUACAAGGUUUGCACUGCAGCCAAAUGGCAAAGGUCUGGAUGAUUACCAAGAAGUCUUUUUAUUAGCGCCAACAACCCCUGAAAACAAGUCCAAAGCAGCAGCACAGCCAAAAGGAUUCCUCCAAUGUGUCAUCACAAUCACAUAAUAGAAUCUGAUUUGAUUAGCCGGGACUACGACGGUGGUGUAACUGCCAAGAUGGCGACGGCUGGGACCACCCUCUUUGAGCUUCACAGGCUCACCAGAAACCAAUGGAUCACACACUACAAACAGUACCCUCCAAAUGUCAGCAAAAUCUACUCCUACUUUGAAUGCAGACGCAAGAAAGGCUCCCAGUUCAGUGAAGUGGUGUUCUUCGGUCUUCAGUAUCUGCUGAAAAAGUACCUCAUAGGCCAAGUUGUCACAGAGGAGAAGAUUCAGGAAGCCAAGAUCUUCUACCAGAUGCACUUCAAACAGGCGGUGUUUGAUGAGGAAAGCUGGAGGAAAGUCCUUGAGAAACACGAUGGCCGUCUACCUAUCCGGAUCAAAGCGGUCCCUGAGGGGAGAAUUGUACCGAGAGGCAACGUGCUCUUCACUGUGGAAAACACAGAUCCCGACUUCUACUGGCUCACCAACUACAUUGAGACCAUGCUGGUCCAGAUGUGGUAUCCCAUCACAGUAGCCACCAUAUCCAGGGAGUUUAAGAAGAUCCUGGCCAAGCACCUGAAGGCCACCUCCGGAGGCCUGGAAGGUCUCGACCUGAAACUUCAUGACUUUGGCUACAGAGGAGUCUCCUCACAGGAGUCUGCAGCAUUAGGUGGAGCAGCUCACCUGGUUAACUUCUGCAGUACCGACACAGUUGCUGGGCUGCUGAUGGCUCAGCGCUACUAUGGCUGCCCGAUGGCUGGCUUCUCUAUUCCAGCAGCAGAACACAGCACCAUCAUCUCCUGGGGGAGGAGCAGGGAGAAGGAGGCGUUUGAGCGAGUCCUUGACCAGUUCUCCUCGGUGCCAGUGUCAGUAGUCAGUGACAGCUACGACAUCUUUAACGCCUGUAAACACAUCUGGGGAGACGAGCUGAAGGAGCGCGUCAUGGAGCGCAACCAGGACUCAUGUCUGGUCAUCAGGCCGGACUCUGGCGACCCCGCAGAGACUCUUAUUGAGGUCAUCAAGAUUUUGGGGGAGCGUUUUGGCUUUUCUCUGAACUCUGUGGGAUACAAGGUUCUGCCUGCUUGCCUGCGAAUUAUUCAAGGAGACGGCAUUGACCUCAGCUCAGUGGAAGAGAUUCUUCAGAAGCUGAGUGAUGAAGGCUGGAGUGCUGAGAACAUCUUCUUUGGUUGUGGCAGUGCUUUGCUUCAGAAACUCAACAGAGAUACACUCAGCUGUGCCUUUAAGUGCAGCUAUGUGGAGACUAACGGCAAAGGGAUGGACGUGUACAAGCAGCCAGUGACCGACCCAUCCAAGGGGUCAAAGAGGGGUCGAUUGUUACUGAGGAGAAACUCUGACGGCUUCUUAGAGACAAUAGAGAGAGGGGCAGGCAAGCCUGAGGAGGACCUGCUAGUGACUGUUUUUGAGAAUGGCAGCCUGAUGCAGGACUACACCCUUGAGGAGAUCAGGAAGAACGCUCGGCUGAGGGACGAGGAGGUGAACCCCACCCUGCACAACCAUGAACAGGAGCUGUUGCACAAACACAUCAUCAACGGGGUUCAUUAGAUCAACUCACAACGCCAAAUAAUACUUGAGUUUUUAACAGGGUGCACUGGAAAGAAGACUGCAGUGUUUCUGAAAGGCACCCAUCUAAGUAUAAACUGAACAUGUUGAAGGAGAGUGAAAAGCUGUUUCUUACAAUACACAACAUUUUAAUACAACAAAAUAUGAAUACGGUAUUACCGAUUAUGGUAAUCAUCAGGUAUGGGUUACACUUGCUAAUGCACUCAGUAAGAGUGCUUGAUAUACAAUAUUAGAUUUUAAGGUGUCGGCCUCAUACCUCAGCAGAACAACAUAUUGCGGCAGCCUACUUCCUGCCCUUUAGUAUAGCACAAGCCAUGUACAGUAUGUAAAUGAAGACAUCACAACACUGACCAGUAGGGCUAAAUAAUCUGAUUGUGCAGCACUGCAAAGGUUUGGACAAGAAAACAAUGAAGCCAUACCUGUUGUUUCUGUUUCAUGAUUGCUCAUGCUACUGGCUCACAAAGCACAUGAUGAAACUCCAAUACCUAAUAUUGAAUAGAUUUUAAAAACUAUAUGAAAUGAAAAAUCAUAUGAAUAAAUUGUGUAGAAUAUAUGAAUAAACCAAUAUUUUUUUUAAUAAUUGAAGAAAUGGUUAGAACUCAACUCAUUAUAUAAUUAUAGUUUAAUUAUGAAUCAUUCAUCAGUAUAAUGAAAGUACAUUUAUUUCAAAAUGCCCUUUUCAAAAGGAAGCUUCUGAAUUCAUACUAAUAAUCAAAUGAUCAGUCACUUCUUCAUGACAGUGGUGUUGUCACCGCCCUCUCACCCAAUCACGUGCCCCUGCAACCUUGAAGCUAGCAAGCUCAACAACUGCUUACAAAUGUUUGCCAGCUAGCUCCUGUUAGCUAAAGCAACAACAAUGCUAAGGUUAUUCUGAGUCGACUAACUACAGUACACAUUAAUAGUAACUUAAUUAUGUAGCUUUCAAGCCUUAUCUUAAUAAGGCUGCUUGUCAGUGACUGCUCAUGCUACCUUGCUAGCUGGCAAACUAGCUUGACGGAUUUGUGAGUUUAGAUUAUUACUGCGCAUCUGAGUGAGGAGCUAGUGUUAGCAUUGUUAGCUCCUGAUGGCUAGUUGCCACCAAAAAAGCUUCUUAAACACAUUAAACCCUAGCUUUAUGAGACAGGGCUCAUGUGGUUGGCUGAAAGGUGAGCGAAGGCUUGCGACCAUGGAUGUAUAAACUGAACUGGAUAAAAGAACGGCGACGGGCCUUGAAACCAAUGUUCGUAGUGGCCGAACCGUAUAAUUACCUGCGGGUCCGUCACGCGUCUCCAUUUGUCCCACAAAGACUUUCCCCAUAGACUUGCAUUGGGAACAAUUUUUAGGUAAAUAAACUUCCCUGUACAAACACUUGAAUAGCUCUUAUUUAAAUCGUUCGUGCAUUUUACAACUUUUAAGACCUAAUGUCCAAAUACCGAGCUAUUUCCCUCGACAUAAUGAACUGCCGUUCAUGAGAGCGAGCCCAGGCUAAGCGGUUGUGAGGCGGUGUCAAAGGAAGCGCUAGUGGGCUUGCUCUAUGGGAUUCGGGAAAUUUUUACGCCCGGCAGUCAAACUUUUUUUGGCUUUAUGCACCACUCAAGCGUCUUUGAGUACCUAGAAAAUUGCUAUUUAAAUUAAAUGUAUUAGUUCCUCUGAGUAACUUUUAUAUGAAUGAACAGGGCCCCGCCUCCAACGCUGUAUUCAGUUCUCUUUCCACAUCCAUGGACGCGGCAACAAUGCACUCUCAGCUUUCGUAAAUUGGAUGAAUACGUAUUAGUUUGAUUAUCUGAUUUUGAAUACUUAAGUAAUUAAUAUACACAUGAUUGAUAUUGAGAUCAUGCGUUGAUAUUCAUUCCAAAUAUAAAUAAUUAAUGUAAUGAUGAUGUGAUUAUGCACGUUAAUUUAACACCAAUAAAUUGAGCAUUACAUCUUUUGAAGUUUCAAACCAAAAAAAUAAUCACCCAACUCAAACACAGUCACAAUAUUAACAUUUAAUUCAUUAAUUUAUACAUUUAUUUCAAAAAUUGAUGUUUUUUAUAUCCUUUGCUGUUUGGUACUGUAUUAAUUUUUGAUGAACAAGUCCUUUGUUUGUGCAAACAGUAAACCCUUAGAAGACAGACUGGAGUGGGGUAAAAAUAUUUAGGUGAAAGUCAGGUUUGAUUGGCUGACCUUGGAUUGAUUUAUAGAUAUUAAAGGAAACAUUCACUCUGAUGAUUUCCUACACAUACAGUCAGCAUUUGCUGUCCACUGCUUUCCACCACUUUGUUAUUUCAUGAUGAAGUUUUAUCAUUACGUCUUUAAUUUAGUCCUUAUGUAUCAACUUUCCCUCAACCUGCCCAGUCUAUUUUAGUUAGAAGUACAUUAUUUCCCAGAAUGCCUUUCAACAACCUCUACACAGGGGGGCAUUAUUGCUGCAAAUAAUUUUUACAGACCCGUAUAAACCAGUGUAUCUUAUGUAAACUGUCUAUUCCAACUGAUCAUCAUCAUGUAAUUGUAUCAUUUGAUUUCCUGCUUAACCUA